AUGUUGGGAGGAGGACCUAGUGAACUCACUGCACAAGAAUUUAACAAAAAGAUAAUUAAUGAAGUACUCAAAGGAAAGAAAAAGGAGGAAGGCUCAGCUGAAGAUCAAAAGAUCCUCGAUCAGCUACCUCAAUGCCCUUUACAUCCAAUCAAGAUGUCGAAUCUAAAAUGUAGGAAAUGAAAGAAGAUCAAAGCUCAGUUUGAUAGGUUGAAAGGAAAUGAUCCUGAUGAAGAUUAUUACUCAGGGAAGCCAAAGCAGAUUGAUCUUGACCAAAUUGCAGAGGAAUGGCUCAAAUCAAAUGAGUCGGAAGGACUUCCAAUCCAUGGAGAUCCUUCAAAAGGAAAUAUAAACGAUCUUUUAAGGGCGAAUAUCAUGAGAUGACAGUAUUUUAAAAUCGACUUGUAUGAGCUCAAGACCUAUCAUGAGGUCAUGAACGAGAUUGAUAUCCAUGUAGGAUAUGUUGAGCCAUGGACCAUCGGAACUCACGGAGUUCCAUCAACUCUUUUCUGAUGUCUUUACAAAUUGAUGUUAAUGAGGUUAACUUUGAAGCAAAUAUUUGGAUUAAUAAAAGAAGGAAAUGCAUUUUCCAGAUGCUGUGGAUUUUUGUACAUCAGAUAUCUUUGUAAGCCAGAACUUUUGUGGCACUUUUUGUCUCCAUUUAUGCUUGAUGAGCAAAAAUUUGUUCCUACACCAGCUACUGGUGAAGAAAUAACCAUAGGCGAGUACGUAGAGAAGCUACUAACAGAGCAGAAUUACUAUACAACUAUACUUCCAAGGAUUCCCGCUCUGAUUGAUAAGGAAAUCCAGAAGAGAAUCUUGCUAAUUCCAGAUAAAAGGAUGAGGAAGAGGGAAAAUUUGGAUCAUAUAAACGAAUUUGUUCCAGAUAAUCCUAUAUACUUUCUGGACAACACAAAAGGUGAGUGGGUUAAAGCCAUAUGCUCUGAAGUUCUACCUGAGGGGGUAAAAGUACUCUACAAGACAGAUUCAGGUGAAGACACUAUCAAGGCCGUUGACUUCUCCGAAGUCCUUCCUUGUUAUGAUGAGGAAAGUGAAGAUGACCACUAUAGUUCCGAUCGGUCUUAUGAUAGAGAUAAGGACCGGGAGAGAAGACAUCGCAAGAAGAGUAAGAAAUCUAGGAAGAGAUCUCGUUCAAGAGACCGUGACAGGUCAGACUCUAAUGGUAGAAGAAGAAAGAGACACAGAGAGGACAAGCAUUCUAGAAGUUAUAGGAAGAGAGAUAGGAAAAUUGAUUUGAAGGAAUUAGAAGAAGAGGUUAGACAAAGAAGAAUGAAUCAAGCUAGUAGCUCUACUAGGGCUGGUUAUAGUAAGAAAGCAACUUCUUAUAAGACAACCAUGUCACUUGCAAUGCCUGUGGGUAUUAAGAAUAGGAAUUCAAGAAGUCCUACUCCUGAAAGAGAGUUUGUAGAAAUUGAGAACAAAGCUAAAAAUAGAAAGACUGAGAAGAUACUUACGAUUGACGAGGAUGAGAUCGAGAGACAGAACAAGCAACAGAAUGAAAGACUUGAGAGACUUAAGAAAUUAUAUCAGAAUUAA